AUGGAUUCUCCAUCGAGCGCGACGCCGAGCCCGACAAAGGCCCUCAAUCCCCUGUCACCAGACCGGAUGAACCAGCAGAUCGGACUUGGCUCACCCUCAAUGUCGUCGGAUAUUUUCAACAUUCAGCGGAAGACUCCCCGGGGACUCACCGAUGUACAGGCCAAGGUCGCGUAUCUGAACAACUUGUCGCGGGGAAACAGCCCCGCGCAGGGUUCACAGCCUUCAGCAGCAUCAACGGCAGCUCUCCAGCGGGCUAUCCUUGGGCGUGAAGAGGCUGAAUCGGCGUUGGCCAAUGUUUCCGCUCAGCUUUCUGAAGCCCAGUCGCGGGAGCGUCGGAUAAGUGAAAGACUGGAGUCCCUGCUGGAAGAACUGCAAACAACAAAAGAACGCCAGGCCCACGAGCGAUCAAUUUUCGAAAAAGAAAUUAGGAAGGCGAGGAAGGAAGCUUUUCGAGCUGGCUCCGUUCUGGUGAAAACACAGGAGGAGCUGAAAAACGCAAGAAACGAAGCAAAAGGAUACAAAGACGAGGCCCAGGCAGAGCGGGCAGCAAAAGAACAAGCGAAACAGGAGGCUUUCGAACGCGCUUAUGCUAUUGCUGGUCUCACGGAGGAGAUGGAGGUUCUUAAAGAACAGCUACGGGCCGCCGAGGCCAACAACCACUCGCAGAAGCUCGAAGCGCAAGCGCAGAAGAAGAAGAACGAUAUUGGACGAAUGUCGCUGACUGAAGGCGAUCUCAAUCUCUUGUUGACACCUACCCCUCGGAGACCCAAACGUUCUGCUGAGGAAAUAGCCAACCCGCCUCAAGCCAAUGUCGCUGAAUCUUCACCGGUCAAGGAUACGCCUCCCAAGAGGCAAAGGAUGUCAGACGUAAUUCCUAGAAAGGAGGCCGCGGAGAUCACGACACUCGAUGUACAUGAGGAACAAAUCGCUGAGUUGGAGGAGACCCUCAGGCGCGAGCGUCAACUCAGAGUCGACGCCGAGGGAAUGCUCGAAUUCUUGCGCCUGGAGUGCCAUUUUAAACGUUGCACUUGCCGCUUGGCAGAGCAGAAAAGCGUUCCUCAUACCCAUGAACCGCAAAGCGUGGCUACGACGAAAAAGGAUGAGCUGGUACACCCGAAACAUCGCAAAAUUGACCAGAACGCACUUGCUGCACCAGAGGAGCCAAGUCCGUCUCAUACUCCUAAAGGCGAGCCUAGAUAUGUGACAAGUGUCAAGGAACAAAUACUGAUGGAGGAUCCUGCCGGAGAAGAAGCAGCCGAGCGCGAGGUGGCCGGGGAUGAUGUCGAUGAAGAUGUGGAUGAAAUCGUUGAAGAGGUCGAGGAGAUCCAGGAUGUUGACGAUGACGACGACGAUGAGCCUCCGGAGGAACCUUUGAUAACAUUCUCACCUGCCACUGGGACCUUCCACACCUUCCCUUCUCCUGUACGAGGAUCUCCCCGAAAGGCCAACGAGGCUACUGCAAACGAUCAUCAGUCACCAGCAGCCUACGCUGAACACGGAAUAGACGCCCGUGUGAUGUCUGGUAGCCCUGCCCCGAAGUAUGGGUCUCUUCAGCGCCAGGCUCCGUUUGAUCCUAUAACGGAUCGUGAAGCUACUCCGAAAGCCCACCCCUCGCCAGCGGUUGUUGAUGUGCCAUGGGAUCCUGUGAUGCCCAUUGGACAUGAAGCCGGCACCCCUGAGAGGCACAAUGACCCCACGAAGGUUCCUCUGCGCGAUGAUGGGGGAUCAAAUCGCUUUUCCGACGUUCCUGGGACCCCCAUCAGCCGAGAAGAAGCACUGGCUCAGAUUAGAGCGCGGAGAGAGAGAGCAAACACCAUGAAGAGGUCUGUCAGUGCCAGUGAAAGCGGGCUCCGCUCGGGAGGCAUGGGAGUUACUCCUGUCCGGAGCGCUCGACGGUACCCUGGCGUCCAGAAUCCAGAUGCAAGCGACGGUUCCAUCAGAAGUCGGAGGGAUAUGAGCGCUCCUAUCCAAAUGUCCCACUACUGA